AAAAACCAUGAACCACAACAACAAAAAUGGCUAUGGUAGUAAACUAGAAACAACUGACAAGUUUUUUAACGAAAAUGUUCAAUACUUCAGUGGUAAUUGUGUCAUUUUUUUUGUAAUUUAAUUAUUAUUUUAAUAUUUUAAUUAGUUUUAACAGUUUUAACUAGUUAAUGCAAUGUACAAUUUUUGAUUAAAAUUGUACAAAUUAACACGUACGCGUAAAGAUGUAUGGUGUAACAAUUACAACGGUCGAAUAAAAUCAUCUGAUACUUUUCAACUUUUCCAAAAGUGUGGUAACAUUGACAUGUGAUAACAAGAAAAAAUAAUGAUUACUCAAAAAUAAAAAUGUCUGAGGGAAGAUUUCCAUCUUAUCAUCAUUUACCCCCAGCGGCCCCAGCACCUCAAAGACAUCAUUUGGCAACUGCUGCAACGCCUUCCGUUCCUCAUCCACUUACAUUCCAUCCUCCUGCAAUUUCUCAUCAGCUAUCUUCAUGGUUUACUAAACAAGAUAUGGCCGCUUACAGAAAUACACCAUAUGCUUCUUUACACAAUAUUGCUGCAUUACAGAUGCACAAACCCCAACAUACUCCUGUAAUUGAUAGGUGGAUGGAUUCAAGAAAUAAUAUGCCGCCUCCAUCUAGACCCGAUCCACCAUCUCCUAGUCCAGCUCAUUCUGCAAAUGUAUCACCUAGUUUUUCACUAUCUAGAACUGUUGAGAUUGAUCUUACUAAACAUAAAAAAGAAUCAGAGCAAAUGUCUAUCGAUUUAUCUUCAAAUAAUAAAAAAUAUGAAAGUUUUGCUUUUAGGCGAGCAAGAGAUCAAGUUAAUGGUCAAAUAAAUUUAUCUAAAAUAGGAACUAUUGAAGAGAAAGCAAUAAGUGUUAUAGCACCAAACCCUCAUAAAGUUAUUAAGUCUGAAAUUCAAUUUCAUGCCCCAGAUUAUCUAAAUACUCAAAAAGUAAAAAAUGUUAGUAAUGAUGGUUAUGAAAAUAAAUGUAGUAAACAUGAUAUUAAGGUUAUUUGUGAUAGUCCUAUAAAAAUUGAAGUUGAAGAUACAAAUAAUGUUGAAAAAAUGUUGGAAAACAUGUUUCAAACAAAUGAGUCUGAAAAACAAUCUGUUAUAAAAAUUGUAAAACCAAUAAAAUCACCAUCACCAUCAAUGAUGAGGGCAGAAUCUGUAGAAAAAAUACUUAAAUCACCAUCCCCUAUACCUAGAAUAGAACAUGAUAAAUCUGAAGAUUGUAUACCAUCUGAAAAUUCUUCAAAAAAAAUUCAUGACACACAUUCUCAAUUCCUUGAAGUAGAAAACAAAUUAGAAGAAUUAUUUGGUGGUGUCAUCACAUCAACUAGUACACCUGAACAACAAAUAGUAAUUGACAAUAAAUCAAAACCAAUAAUUCCUACAAAAAGGCCUUAUAAUAAAAAUAAGAAACAAUUUAAAAAAGUUAAAAAAAAUCUACCUAUAGUUGAAAAAUUGAAACCAACUGUUGAACAACCAAUUAAAAAAUAUAAAGGUCCAUUAAUAAGAGUCAAUGGUGGUAACAUAGAAAAUCCAACAAGUUUUGUCAUAAUUAACCGAAAUAUUCAAGAUGACGAGGAUUCAUUAGAUGGUCGAAAUAUUAAUCGAAAGACUUAUUCAUAUAAAUCUGGUGUUUGCAAUGGUGAAGAAAAACCCGAUGUGAGCAAUUUAGAAAGUAGUGAUUGGAAAUGUGUUUUCUGUUCGCGAGGACCUCACGUAAAAGACAUUGGCUUUGAUCCUACUGGAGAUCUUUUUGGUCCUUAUUAUGUCAGUAUACCAAAGGUUGUAAAACCAAAUGAUAAUCCUAAGAGAAAGAAAUCUAAGCAUAACUUAAAUGAUAAUGAUACUUCAGAAACAUUUAUUGAGGUAUGGACUCAUGAAAAUUGUUUAGUUUGGGCGUCUGGUGUUUAUAUGGUUGGGGAUAAAGUUGUUGGGUUGGAAGAUAGUGUGAGAAUUGCAAAAAAUACUAUUUGUGUUUAUUGUGGUGUUAAUGGGGCUAGUAUUGGAUGUACAGCACGUCACUGCAAAUCGUGUAUACAUUAUAACUGUGCAAUACAUGUUGGUUGGCUUCUUGAUAGCCAGAAUCAUAUGACUACAUGUAAUGUUCAUAGGAAUUCUCUCCUUGGAAGUAGUUGUCAUUAAUGAAGCUUUCUUGCUUCAUGUAUUAUUAUAUUCAAAAGAUAGGCUUUAUGUGUUUUUUUUUUAUUAUCGUAUAUUACAUUGUAUUAUGGUUACACGAUCAUCAACCUUGUUAUGAAUUUACAACAAUUGACCAUUAAGUAUUUUCUUAUGCAUAUAUUAUCAUAUGUGUAUAUUUGUUAAUAUAUGCGUGUAUUUUAAUCUAUUAUAAUUAAAUUUUUUAGUUUUAUAAAGUAAUGAACAUGAACUAAUGAAAUCAUUGCAGUAAACAACAAGAGAGUUUAUUUAACUAAAAAAUAUUCAAUUAUGUCUAUUAUUUUAGAGCUGAAAGAAACAAAAUUGCUCUAUCAUAGUUCAUAUACUGUGCCACAUUUUGGUGCAUAAACUAUAUUAGUACAUGAACAAAAUAAAUCGUGUCCAUGAAUAUAUUUUAAUCAAGUUUUGUAUGAAUUUUAUUGUUUUGUUGAUUUAUUUUUUACAUUAUCCUUAAUUGUUUCGAUUUUAUAUAACUGUAUACGUUAGAAGAAAAAUACAUAUUGGUAUUUAUGAAUAUUUUUACAGAUUAUAUUAUCUAUUAUAAUUUGCAAUAUUAAGUUAGUAUUUUAAUAUCUAAGAUAUAAUUUUCUUAAUAAAUAUCUGUUGGGACUGUGAUGAUUGAUGAGUAACAUACUUGGUGUUGAAUGUAAUGAUAAUAUUCAAAUAACAAUUUAAAAAAUGUUAACUUAAAAUAGUAAAUUUUCAUUUAAGCAUUGAUAAACAAUUACUUAAAUAACUUCAUUGAAUAAUAAACAAGGUGAUUAGAUUUUACUUUAAAAAAUACUCAUAUAUUCUAAAAUGUUAUUAUAAUUUUAUAAAAUUAAAUAGUUUUGUUAGAUUUCUAAUUUUACUUACAUUAAUUACAAAAUAGAAUAAAAAUGAAAUAGUACCUAUGCAUUAUACUAUACUAAAUUAAUAUUACUCCUGAUAAUUUAGUUUUAAUUUUUAUCUUGUUUAAAUUAAGUAAAUAUAAGGUUAUGUUAACUCAGUUUAAUAUAUUUUUAAUAUUAAGUUAUUAUUAUUAAACUAUAUUAUAGAGUUGAUUACAUGGAUCUGACACUCUGACAAUAUUGGUAAUGGGGUUUUAAUUGUAGCUUAUGGAAAUACCUAGUACAUCUUGGUUGUCAAAUGUAUGUAAUUUAUUCUAUUUAAUCUUAUUUCAUAUAUCCAAAUAAUUUUAUGCGGUUUACUGGUUUAAGAAAAGUGUGUUUAACAAUGAUGUUCUAUGUAAAACACAAAAAUUAUAAUAAACACAAAUACACAAUAUAUGCAUAUGUAUA